UCGGCGAGAAAAGCAGGCAGUACGCAUUUAGAUCGUGCAGUCAAGAAUGAUAAGGUCAUAGAAAUGUUUCAGAACGUUGAACAAUUUCUGCAAUAAUUUAAUGGUGAGAUUAGUAUUCCGGUUUCGUCGAGCAGAGGCCUUGUUUCGGAAAAUAAUUCGGUGAGGAACAAUGGCGAAUUCGGCGAUCCGCAGCGGCGUUGCUUUCAAAACCUUUGCUUUCCUGAUUCUGGUAUGUACGCUCGAUCUGUUUUCGGGGCAUAUACACUAUACUAUUCCUGAGGAAUUAGAAUUAGGUGCUGUUGUUGGAAAUAUCGCUCAUGAUUUGGGAAUGAACGUACCACAGUUGUCUGCUCGUAAAUUGCGGCUAACCUCAGAGGCGGGUGGACAGUAUAUGAAGGUGAAUUUGGAUAAUGGGAUUUUGUCCAUUCGUGAAAGAAUCGACAGGGAGCACGUCUGUGGACAAACAUCUGUAUGUACUAUUCCUUUUGAAAUAAUAUUGGAAAAUCCUUUGGCGUUGCACCGCGGGGAAGUGGAAAUCCUUGAUAUAAAUGACAAUUCACCUACUUUCCGGGACAGCACCAUUGCCUUACAGAUGUCCGAAGCUUUUGCACCAGGAGUACGUUUUCGUCUCGACAGCGCGGAAGAUCCAGACAUUGGAAUAAAUACGAUCGCUGCUUACACAAUCGGUUCCAACGAGCAGUUUAAUCUUAAAACGCAGAGAACCGAGGACGGUAUUCUAAUUGCAGAGUUGCUGUUGGAGAAGCCAUUGGAUAGAGAGCUGCAGUCAUCCUUUCGAAUGACGCUAACGGCGACUGAUGGUGGGAUCCCUCAGAGAUCCGGUACAGCUCAGAUUCUCAUUACAGUAGUGGACAUCAAUGACAAUCCACCUGUAUUCGAUCAUGAAAUUUACAGGGGCAGAAUAAGAGAGAACACACUUCCAGGUACCUUGGUGAUGAAAGUCAAAGCCAUUGAUUUGGACGAAGGGCUGAAUGCUGAGCUAACAUAUUCUUUCAGCAAACUUUCUUCAGCAAGAGCUCACGAAUUAUUCAAUUUGGACCCGCAUACUGGAGAGAUUCGGACUGCGGGAGAGCUGGAUUUUGAAGAAGCAAAUAGCUAUUCACUAGAUAUUCAAGCAGUGGACCACGGAUUACCUGCAAUUAUCGGGCACUCCAAAGUGUUGAUCGCGAUAAUUGAUGCAAACGACAACGCUCCCGAGAUAAAACUGUCUUCAACCACCAGCAACGUUCCUGAAAAUGCUCCCCCGGGCACAUUGAUAACCUUGAUCAAUGUUAUCGAUCGCGAUUCUGGAGAGAACGGGCGGUUUCGCUGCGAGAUGCCAAAGAACACCCCCUUCAGGCUUCGAACAUCGUCAAAAAAUUAUUAUGAGGUGAUUACAAGUGGAUCGUUGGACCGCGAGCUUGUCCCCGAGUAUGAAAUACCGUUUGUAGCCUGGGACUUGGGGUCGCCUUCACUGUCAACAAAUAAAACAAUCCAGAUAGUAAUUACAGAUGUAAAUGACAACGCACCACGGUUUAGCGAAACUUCUUACAACGUGUAUGUAAUGGAGAACAAAGCUCCGGGCACAUCUAUUUUCGCAGUAACUGCCACAGAUCCUGACCUGGACCAGAAUUCCUACGUGUCUUAUUCAUUUCUGGAGAAUCCUAUCCAGGACUUGCCGGCGUCCAAUUACCUCAGCAUCAACUCGCUGAACGGCACCAUUUACGCACUGCACUCGUUUGACUAUGAGAACCUCAAAAGCUUCCAGAUCCAUGUUCAAGCUCGUGAUGCUGGAGUGCCACCGCUGAGCAGCAGCGCGACACUGAAUGUGAUAAUCCUGGAUCAAAACGAUAACCCUCCCGUCAUCAUUUCACCAUCCAGACAGAAAGGACCGGCAGCAAUGGAGAUCUUGCCCCAAUCUGUGGGCCAAGGAUACUUAAUCACCAAGAUAAUAGCCAUGGAUGCAGAUUCAGGUCAGAACGCACGUCUCUCUUAUCACUUGCAGAGAUCUACUGAUCCCAGUUUAUUCACCCUUGGGCAAAAUUCCGGAGAACUCAGAACGGCCAGACCUAUUUUGGAAUCAGAUACUACCAGUCAAACUGUCGUCAUCUUGGUGAAAGACAAUGGGCAGCCGAGCCUCUCCAGCACGCUUACAAUUCACAUUACAGCUUUGGAGAACAUCACCGAAAGAACUACAGAAAGCAGUAACUUCGUGGCGAAUCCCGAAUAUUUCUCUGAUCUAAAUCUUUAUUUGAUCGUCAUUUUCGGUUGCACUUCUGUUCUCUUUCUCGUAAUUAUUAUUCUACUGAUUGGUAUCAAAUGUAAACAGGACAGAAAGAUCAUUGAAGAGUACAAUUCUCCAAGCUGUUGUUACAGAGUUGGAGAUUCUCGCGAUACGUUUCAUUCCAGGCUUGCAAUGGAGGAAACUUUACGCUAUCCUGGAUCUGGCCGGGUAGUUUCCGUGCCAGAAGCGCACCGUUACUCGGUUUGUCUGUCUCCAGAGUCAGCGAAGAGCGAUUUUCUCUUCUUGAAGCCUUGCGCCGUUCCCACGUCUCAAGCCAACCGUUAAGUUCACAAUGAUCCAGAGGCACAAUGUAGGAACUAAAUUACUGACGGCAAUAUUAACAUUCAGGAAAAAAGAUAAUUUCGAGAGAAGUACUUAAGUAAAUAUUCCUGUUGUUUUGGAGAUACAAGAGACUGUAGACCCUGGAAUCUGGAACAAAAA